UUUCUUCUAUCUGAGGCUCCCUGGUUAUCAUCAUGUGAUAAACCUACACUGUCUGUUUGUACAACCUCUCAGUCCCUGUCCUAACUCUAACUUACUUUACCUGGCAAAUAUUUGCUUUGGGUCAGAACAAAGUUUAUUAUUUUACAUUUUAAAAGAGAGAGAUCUUAUAAACUCCACCGUAACGUGAAUUUCGCCUUAUUUGGUGUUUAAUACCAUAAGAAGGCCAGAGGAGUUCUCUCUGGUUUCAGAGUUGAAAAAUGCUGCGUCUUUCAUUUUUUCUUCUUUUAUUAUUUACUUCUGAAAUAAGAAGUUUUGACUUGUACAUAGAAGAGUCGCCUGAUUCUGAUGUAAGUAUGUUAUAACAUUAAUUUAGUUCGUAUUUUGGGUUAUACAUGUAUAAUUUGUAUUAUUGUUCCUCUAAAUUGUUUUGCUACAAUGGAAUGUAUCAUUCUCAGAUACAUUUAUUAUAAUUACAUAAAAAAAAAGAAAAAGAUAAAAUAAGUGAUAUGAGUUUAAAUAAUUUUAGAAUAAUAUUUUAAUAUUAUAUGCAUUUUAUGUAUUUAUAUUAUACUUACGGUAUUUUCUAUAUUGUUAUUUUAUAAUAUGGAAAGCUUAUACAGGUUGAUACGUUUGUUUUAUAUUUGUAAUAUAUUUCUAUUUGUUUUAGUUAAUUUUUUUUCCUUUAAAUCUUAUUUAAUGCUGAAAAGCUUUCAUGAACUACCAUGUUAACUUUCACAGUUUUGGUAAAGAGUUUCAGUCUAGCAGCACUGUCAUCUUUAUUUUGGAUAAAAUCCGUAUUCUUCUUUUGUUAAAAUCUGUGUUUUAAUCUGAGGGACUACUGGGUGUUUUUCAUAGCAUUUGGAUGUAUUUUGUUAUAGCAACUCGUUUUUAUUUUAAUUUAAUAUUGAAAAUAUUUUUGAUCUUUGAAAUUUGUUUUAAAUUAAAUAUGUUGUAAUCUUUAAAAUUAUAUCUGGGUUUCUUAAUAAAAAGAUAUCACUAAUAUAUAUGUUUAUAUCUGUCUCUCAAUGUUUCCUUGAGGUACAUGAAGUUUAAAGGCAAGAAAACAAAAGUAUUUAUUAGAAUUCACUUGAGCUUCAGUAGAUAUAGUUACAAAUUACAAUGCAUUGAAAAUAGAUGAGAGAGAAAUUAAAUAUUAUAUAUUUUUAUGUAUAUAUACAUACAUACAUACCAUUUCUAACACAUAAGAUGGCCUGCAAUAACCAUUAAAAUAUUGGAUUCACAACCAAUUCUUAUAUGAAAUAUUCAAAUUGCUGCAUAAUCAUUGUAUAUUCUUUAUUAACUCAUCAAGUAAUCUCACAGUCUGUUCAUGCUUUGCAGGGACAUUACAUGAAAAAUAUGCACAAAACUUGAAUAUGUGUAUAUUUCAUUUGAAAUAUUUCCCUAUCCUAUUGUCUAUAUUUUAUUGUUUUCGAAGAUAUAUCGUAACUGAAGACAAUAAUAAUGAAAACAUAUUUUAUAUGAAAAGGAAAGCAUGGAGAGCAUUUUCUAAUGCUUUAAAUAUGUCCUGGGAUAUAAAUGUUAUAAUCUAUAAUAAUAGUAAUAAUAGGUAUUAUAUUCAAAUAGUAGAGUAUCAAGCAAGCAUAGAAAAAGUCCUUCAAUACUCACAUUAUCCUGAGCAUCCUUCUGCUCAGUAAUUGUGCCUUGAAUGUUAAUCCUUUUAUUCUUAAGCUCAUAGUGAUUUUGAUUUAUAUUAUUCUAUUUAGUAUAGAUCAUUUCCCUGUAAGGCAUUUCGCAGGAACUGAUGGGGUGAAAUGUAUUUAUGUUCAAGGCACAGUUACUGAGCAAUAACUGCUUCUGAAGAUGUAGUGGGAACACCAUGUUUUUUUAAAUGCACAUUAUAAUGGUAUCAUAAUCAUGUUUAUGUAGUCAUUGUCAGCUAUGUCCUAUGAAUUUUCUACAGUAAUGACCCUCAUUUAUUCACAUUUAGCCUGCUUAUUGCUUGAAUUGCAUAUAAUGUACAGCAUCCUUCACCUAAACAACCCAAGUGAAGUGGAAAUAAAAUAUAUAAUAACAUAAUAUAACCAUUCAGCUUCCCAAAGGUACCUCCCAGAUAGCAACCUCUUAAAGAACCAUAUAUACUCAUGAAACAAUUGGGAUACAGCUGUUAAAAAGUAAAUGAACAGUACAUAGUGCAAUAUGUCAACAUAAAUAAAUAAUGACACUUUUACUGGUAGGACUCACUAUAAUGUGAAGUUAAUAGGGAGCCUCCCCCAAUGGUAUUGGGGGGAUAAUGCCUCCUCUCCCUCUGUAUGGACUGCUUUGCUGGAAUCAGGAUGUCACAGGAACACAAAUCAGGAAUCCAAGGAAGGGUUGAUAUUUGCUUUAUUUGGCAAUAGGUAUAAAUAAAAGUAUACCCAAAAGAUUGAAAAAUCACAUAAAGAUUUUUAAAAACUUAGAAUAAAAUAAGAGAUAAAAUGGUCCUACGCAUUUCGUCCAAUGAGUAUGGACUUCCUCAGGGACCAACAAUUGAAUUGCAUGUGCUUGAAUAAUUUGUGCCAAAAAAUAUAACUUUUUUGCAUGAUUAUCAUAGAUUAUUUAAAUAUUUGCUUCUCAUUUAGGACUUCGGAGAUCUCUUGGAAGAGUUUCAGACUAGCUUUAAAGAUAGAGCAAGGGUAAGUCCUACUAAAUACCUGUAUGUAACAACCUAUAUUGAGUAUGCUGGAAAGAAACAGCUUCAUAAUAGAAUAAUAUAUAUAUAUUUGACUAUCUGCUAACCUUAUGUAUGUGUAAAGCAAUUUAACUUAAUACUUUAUGUGCAAGGUAUAAUGUGAUACUCUCGUAGAGCAAAAAUGUCACUGGGUGUUUAUUUUUUAUUUUAUUUUUUUUGUUUUGCAUUUUAUUCAGGCUUACAGGUGAUAGAUAGCUCCAUAUAAAAUUAAAAAACUGUACAAAAUAACAUAUUUCGAUAUCAUUUUCUCUCUGCAAUUCCUUGUUUUGGCACACCUGCAGUUGCAUAAAUUGUGACAGUGCAACCUUAUUGCAUCUUAUUUAUACUUAAUAAGAAGACAUAUUCAUUAAAAAUGUUUCAUGUCAUAAUAUGAUUCAUAGUCUAUUUUAGCAUUUAGGUUUGGUCAUAAGAUGUGAUAUAGGGCGUGGUUUUAGAAGGAACUUAAGUAACUGUAUAUGGGAGGAGCAGUGGUGGAACUAGUAUAGAGAGGUCCUGGUGCAAAGACAUGUUUUAUGCACCCUAUAGCCCCCUAUAGAGUAGGGAUGGACAUAAGGUAGAUCUCAUCUGGCAUUCAACUCUGAUGCAUUGCCAGUUUUAGAUCUACAACUUGCCCAUCCAUUGUGGGAUUGUAUAUGUGUUAAGUGAUUGAUUGUUAAAGAAUGCAUGUUUUUGUAUAGUGAGUUUGUGUGUUUAUGUUGGCGUUUGAAAGCAGGGGUGUCUUUGUGUGUAGCGUCAGGGUUUCAAUGCAGGGGGCAUAUUUGUGUGUUAUGUUGGUGUUUCCAUGCAUGUGUAUGUUCACAUAUACACAUAAAUCGCUGUCGCUGGAAACCAGACGCACCCUUCAUUUUUCCAGCCUUGUGUUUAAGAGUUUUUCUGGGAAACUCCCACCCUACCUGAACACAAUGCUUUCCUCAGCUGUUCCCACUUCCUAUAAGCUCCGAUCCAGUACCAACACUCUACUUAGUCUACCUCAAUACAAAAAGAAAGCGGCCCGAUCCUCCUUCUCCUACAGAGCACCGCAAUUGUGGAACGACCUCCCGCACAAUUUAAAAUCUUCCCUAAGCCUAAAGUCCAUUAAGAGAUCCCUCUCUACAUACCUCAAAACAGAAUGCACCUGUCAUGGUUGAUUAUAUAUUUCCUGCCUGUUCUAUGUUAAAUUUUGUAUUUAUUGUGUAUUAAUAUUGUUUUUGUAUAUUAUUGUACCCUAAUUGUAACAAUGCAAAUGACCCAGGACAUACUUGAAAACAAGAGAAAUCUCAAUGUAUCUUUCCUGGUAAAAUAUUUUAUAAAUAAAUAAAUAAAUUGCCACACAAAGAUACACACACAUACACUGCCACAUAGAGAUGAAUUCAGACACCUAAACACACAGUUAUGUUCUAAGAGACACACAUUAACAUACACAGGUUGACACACAUGAUAUAUAGUGACAGAUCGGACCCAUAUGCACAUAACACACACUCAUAUACACUUAUCCAUACUCAGAACCCAGCUCUUCUCUAGCUGUGAGCUCUGUCUCCCCCAUGCCACCGUGUGAGCCUCCCUGCAGCCCUGCUUGUAUUUUGGCACUGGAACAUCUGGCCAAGUUAACAUGACCAGGAAGGUCCCCAUGAGGGCAUAGUAAUUCCACUGACCCGCUGGGGCCCUAGUGUUAUAACAUUAGCUGCGCUGCUGCAAGUUCUGCGCUUGGGGAGGGGCCAUAAAAUUUACACUUGGCUAAAUCCCCAAUCUUUUUCCCCCCUAGAAACUCCCCUGUUUAUACCACGUUUGAUUAUUAAAGGCCUGAUUUGUUGCUGGUCCUGAAUAAAAUAAAGGGAAAAAAAGAAUCUGAUUGUUGUGAUACUGGCUGUAUAAAUAUUUCUAUGUUCUUAUUAUAACCACAUAAGUGAUAAUUGUCACACUGGGGUGGGGGUAGUUCUAGCAUUGAAAAAAAAACAUAGCACAUGCCAGAGUAAAUAAAUAACAAGUUUUUUUUAAUGUUCCUUCCAAUUUGGAGUUAAUGCUUUGGACAGAUUUCAGCCACUUGGCAGUAUGCACUUGCUGGCAGUAUCGUACAGGAUGUUCCAAGCAGUCCUGUACCUAUAACUAACAUUUAUUAUACGAUCCAUAGAAACAAAGGAUGGGUAAUAUAUUACAGGUUGUUCUAAUUGUUACAUAAAUUAUAUACAGUUGAAUUGUAUGCAGCAAUGGGUGCAAAGAUUGUGCUGCAAUUGUAAUUUUUUUAAGAAUAAUUUAUUAAUUUUUUUUUUCCCCAAUUACACAAUUUCCCAAUUAAAUGGUUUUUUUUUUAUGAUUUCAACCUGUCAUUAAUGCAAGAUUUUUAGCAAAUGUUCACCUUAAAAGAAAUUCUUUGAUGUUCACCCUACUAAAAUGUGUAGUUCAAAGCAACAGUAUAGCGUUAAUAAUGCUAUAGUGCCCUGUUGGCUGUGAAGUUCCAUUGGUCCUCCUGCAAGGCCAUAUAUAUAUAUAGCCUUAUGAUACCUAUAAAACUAUUGAAGAGACUGAACCGCCUAAUUCUGUUUCCCAUUCUUUUUGCAGCGGAGUGUGAGUGAAGAAGAUGAUGUGCAGGUAUGUGACUACUGAAUGUGCAAGGUCAACGUUAGAUAACCUAUCAUCUUGUUAUUUCUGUGACUGGAAGGUCGCUGACCUGCUUCAUGAGAAAAACAUGUCUGUCACCAACUAGGACCAGUGAAAACAUUCAGCUUUUUUAGGCAGACAUUGGAAAAAAAUAAGGUCAAUGGUAAACACAUUUGUUCGUGCUUCAAUCAGUUCAUACGUGAUUUUACUGUACAUAUUUAGGAAAGGUCAACGAUUAAAUGAGAAAUAAUUAAAUACCUAUAGUGUUUAUGAUGGAGUCCUUAAUAUAUUAGAUAUUAUGCAUAAUAUAUAAGAUAUUUGUUUAAUUCACUGAACAGGAAAUUACAGUUUUAAACUGAAAUUACAAACUUUAGGUAAAAACUGAUCAUUAACAAAAAUUUCCCAACUGAGCAUUACUCAACACUUGCCAAUUUAAGCAAAAAUGUUUCCACUUUAGAAUACAAUUUUCAACAGUUUGAUGUUUAGUGAAUAAACCCCACAGUUCUUGUCAUCGAUAUUGAAUAAUUCUCAAUACAGUUCUGCUGCUGGUUGGUAUGGGUAUGUUGUGUAUAUGUAGUUAUUGUCCGUAAUGACAUAGUUACAUAGCUCUCGUCUGUUUUGCUGUUGAUACAAAAGAAACUGGGGUGAGGGGAGAAAAUCAUGAUAGACCCCCAGAAUGACAGGCAGACUUCUCCUUUGAUUAAGAACCUGUUACGCCACAUAAUAACUACUCUUCCUGUUUAUGAACAGUUCUCCAGAUAAUGGUUUGUAUUGGCCCUGAAUAUAUUUGUACAAUACUCAUAUCCUCUCCGAGGCACUGUUUUUCUCAACUAAACAGAUUUAAAUGUGUUAACCUUUCUUCAUAACUAAAAUCUUCCAUUCCUUUUAUUCAUUUUGUAGCCUACUUCUGUACUUUUACUAGUAUCAUAAUAUCCUUUUUUAGAACAGAUGUCCAAAAUUGCAUAGCAUAUUUAAGAAGUGGUGUUACCAUUGAUUCAUGAAGAGGCCAAAUUAUAUUUUCAUCCCACUAAUUAUUCUUAUUUAUAAAGCGCCAACAAAUUCCGCAGCACUGUACAAUAGGUGGACUAACAGACAGGUAUUUGUAACAAGACAUGCUGGACGCACUGGAACAGAGAGUGUUGAGGGCAUUGCUCAAACAAGCUUACAUUCUAGAGGCUAAUGACCCUUUUUAAUGUAAUGUAUGAGCAAAAAUAUAUACAAGUAUUUAUUGAAUUGAACAGCAUUGUUAGAAAAGGAUAGUGGUAUAAGAAGCUUCAGUGGUAUAAGAAGAACAUCUUGCUUUUUGUUUUCAUAACAGGCCAUUUCAUCAGAUGCAGUCUUGUUGCACAGCUAUAAAGUUGAAUCCACCAUCACAUCACAUUUUGCCAAUACCAUGAUACGAAGCAAAGUGGUGAACAAUGACAAAACCACACGGAGCCUUGCGUUUGACAUCCAGAUUCCCAAAGGUGCUUUCAUCAAUAACUUCACCAUGUAAGUUCUGCAGCUCCUGGGACUUGACUGUCCAUCACAUGGCUAGCAUUUCUUAUCUUUACUAGGAAGAGUAUGAUGACCAGGAGUCUUAUAAUUAUUGAGAGCUAGUAUUAAUAAGGAUCUGUUAUUGACUUUAGCUCUUUUAAAACAAGCUAACAUUCCAUCCAUACUUUGUGCUUGCUGUUAUCUUUGCAAAUGUGUAGAUUUGGAAAAAAAAAACCUAUUUAAAAAUAUCAAAGUGUCUCAAUUCCUUGCCAGACACUGAAUGCUGAGAGACAGGGAGAUCAGAGGAGACUUCCAACAGGGUGCCCCUCUGCUCUCCACUUGUAGCUGUGGUUGCUAUGUUGACUCCCUAACCAGCGCUUUUAGGCAGGGCUAGACUUGGAAUGAAAAAGCAGCCAUGGAAAAAAAAUGUAUACCAGCCCAAUAAUGUGUUGUGCCAGCAUAAUGUGCUGCACCAGCAUAAUGUGCAGAUAUAGAGGCGGAAAAAAUAACUUGAAAUUAAAAACUAAAAACUAUUACUCUAACGUGAAAUAAAGCACUCGUAGGGCUUCAACGUAACCAAAAGAGCAAAUUUAUUUUAAGCAGAUGCGCAUUUGCAUAUAAUCAAUGUUUCAGUCCAACUACCUUGACAUAUUAAGAAAAUAUUGGUAAUGUGACUGAAAUGGUGAAUGUAUUCUGUUGCACAGCUGUUAAAAACAAAUUAUGUUAUCUAGUUGAUUUUAAAGUCCUAUGAGUGUGUUCUGCACUUUGGCUGAGAUCAUCAAACUUGAUGAUCUCAGCAAAUCCAAUGCUUUCCCAUAUGAAAGCAUUAGGAGGCUAUUGUGUAUAGGUGGCAAAACGCUGCGUGGCCAAUCAGUAUCUCCAUGGCGAGCACUCAGCACCUCUAUGCAGACCCAAUCUAAUAAACUUUCUUCUGCCCCCCACUCUAAUACAUUGUACCCCAUCUAAUACACUUACCCCGAAUCUAAUACACUGACCCCAAUCUAAUACACUACCCCCCAAUUAAAUACACUAACAAAAGGUCCACCAAGCCCUCCUUCCCCUACCUUAAGAUGAGCAGUCUUCCAGUUCCAGCCCUGAUUGUCUCUGCUCAAGCAGGCACUGUGAGCAGGAGGAAGUGGCUGGUCUGCACUGCACGCUGCGCACUGUAGCACUGCCGCUGCACACCCGUCAGAUAUGACUUCAUACACUGUACGUGCAUAGCCGGCGCCCGGCAUGGACAAGUGCUUUGUGUUCUUGUGGCCACAAGAGCACUCGAUCAGCCGUUGCAGCCACAGUGGCCCCAAGGCAGACGGCCUAGUGGGAAAUUUCCCGGUGUGCCUGGUAGGUCAGUCCGGCCCUGUUUAUAGGAAAGGAGUGCUGUGCUUUCACUCUGUUAAGAUGCUGGCAUGCUGUCGACAAAGCCCUGCUUGUGGAAGUGUUGCCAACCAGGGCAAAUCAACAAAGACUGAGGAGGAGUGCAGGCAGACCAGUGUAACACCCACCUUUGUAAUUCGACCAUGGUGGGGGAGUGAACGAUCAGAUUUAAAGUUUUCCUUUAAAGAUCUAAUCCUUCAUUAGGACAAUCUAUUCUACACCAAUAUUGUGCUAUCAUUUUAAACAAAUAUUUCCACAAAAAAAAUAUACAUAUAUAUAUAAUUUCAAGUGCCUUAGCCGUAAUCUUUAAUCCGUAAAGAAAAUAUUUCCGUUCAAUUCUGAAUAGAUCCUAGUAGUAAAAAGAGUGAAAAUGCUAAAAUGUUAAGAUCUUAUCCUCUUCGUUACAAAAAACACCAAGCACAUAAUGACAUGCGGUCCUUAACCUCAUUUAGUAAAACAUUAUUUUUGAAAAUGAUGUGGCAUGUGUUUUGUUUUACAUUUAGGAAUGUCAAUGGAAUCGUAUUUAGUGGAUCAAUAAGGGAGAAGACAGAAGCAAGAAGUUUGUAUUCCAGAGCUAGAGCGAGAAACAAAGCAGCCGGAUUAAUGAGGUAUGUAGGAUUAAGUCCCUUUCUAAUUUUUUUAGGCAUGCUUAAAAGGGCACUAUAGUCACCAAAACAACUUUAGCUUGUUUUUGUCUGUAGAGCAUGCCCAUGUAUUCUUGCCAUUUAGAACUUAAAUUACUUUUGUUUCUGUCCAUGCAGCCCAAGCCUCUCCUCCCCUGACUGUGACUGACACAACCCACAUGAAAAAAAGUUUAAUUUUCAAUGAGAUGUUAACUUACUUUAGAAAUGUUUUAUUUCUUGAGCUGUAGCUUGAGCUUUAAUCACACCAAGAACGGUCCAGCAGAUUCUAGAAGGCUAUUAAGAGAGCAGGAGAUUACCAAUUUUAUAUGAUACAGACUGUGCAAUAAAGGAAGUUUAAACAUUAAAUAUCACUUUACAGGAAGUGUUUAGGAAGGUUUUGUGAGUUAUGUGCAACAAAAUGGCAGAAAAUUGAGCAGUGAGACUGCAGGGGAAUACACUAUACACCAAAACAACUAAAUUAGGGUAAAGUUGUUUUGGUGCCCAUAGUGUUAAGAUGUACAGACACAAUGGAGGAGAUUUAUCAAAGAGUUCUAAAACUGCAGCAAUCACCAUGGAAACCAGUGGAACCAGCAGGUAUAUUCCAUUGGUGACAUCUCCCAUUUUACACGUUUGCACCAUUUUUUUGAACAAAACACUGAUAAAUCUCCAUUGUUGUGUUCCCAAAAUAUAGCUUUAUUGCAUAUUUGAUUAGGGGGGGGAAAAAGGAAUAGUGUGUUUGUGCACACAAAAAUCUACAGGCAGGGUUAGUUACUGAAGUGAGAUUGUUGGAAAUUUAAACAAAAUUCAAAGUAAAUUUCAAAUUUAAGAUCAAAAUAGCUAAACUGGAAGCAUAGCUGACUUUGAGAAUUGCUCAGUUUGGAUAUUUUGGUAUUGAAUUUGAAAUUCACUUUGAAUUGCUAACAAUUCUCACUUUAGGACCUGCAUAACUAAAACACUUCAGACCUCACACUAUGCAGUUACAAAUGUGAAUUCUAGGAUGAUGGGGAACUAAAAUAAAGCCAUGCUCUAUCAGCAUUCAAUAUGUGUUAGGGUGACCACAUCCACCUUUAAAGGAGUUUGUAAAAUGCUUAUGACAGGUGCAAAUUAACAUCACUGUUGCCUUCCUGGAUCAUUUGAAUAAGUAAUUAAAGACAGUCCUUUACAAAUUAAUUUAAACACAUGAAGGAGAACCGUCUGCCUCUCCUUUCUCAUGUUUCCAAUUUAAAUACUAUAGUUGACAAAUAAAAUACAGUAUUGUAGAAAAAAACUACACUGAAAAAGUACUACACUUGAAAUAUUUGACUAUUUUGUCAUACAUUUUGCAAAUUGAUUGUCAACUCAACAGUUCUCUAAAAGUCCCCAUAUUGCUCAUUUUGUUUAUAUAGAAUAUUUCUUUUUUAGCCCCUAAUUUGUUGUUGAGCAGGUGAGAAAUGUGAUUCAUGACCUCUAACCAUUCACCGAUUAAGACUGUACAUCCAAGAAAUAAAGUGGAGAGUUUUUAAAAAAAUUGUCAUCAUUAAAGGAGCUUCAUUUUGCUCGCCCAAGAUAAUAGGUUAUGGCGCGGGGAGUCUGUGGAUAGUUAAUACAAUGUUAAACAUCUAUCUGCACACCAGUCAAGCCUUACGACUUGCUUUUCCCACAUAAAUCCCAAAUCUGCAGUGAUGUUACUACCACAAAGGAUUCUGGGUGGGUAUAUGCAAAUUAGUUUAACAAAGAAUCACAUUUUUGCCUCAUUCCAUUUUAAACAUGGAUUCCUUUGAGUCUGUGUUUGCUGUAUACAACAGCUUUGAAACACAAGUUAGGAAAAGAUGCAAAGCCGGUGAACCACUCAUGGACAGCUGUAUCAUUGUUAAUGGCUUGACUGGUGUGCAGAUUUUUGUUUAACAUUGUAAUAUAUAUAUAUAUAUAUAUAUAUUGUAUAUUGUAUUUUUGUAAUAUUGUACCCUAAUGUAUCGAUGCAAUGUUUUGUGGACACAGGACAUACUUGAAAAUGAGAGAAAUCUCACUGUAUCCAUCCUGUUGAUUACAGCAAACAGAGCCAUUUAAAAUGUAAGAACCAAACAGUAAAAGCAUUUUAAUAACUUUUUUUUUAAUGUGUGUGAUAAACAGGACCAAUUCUCUUGAUAUGGAAAAAUUCAAAGCAGAGUUAACUGUACCCAGUGGAACUAAGGUGGAAUUUGAAAUUCAUUACCAAGAAACCAUUCGUCGGAAUUUGGGAGUUUACCAGCAUGUUGUCUAUCUUCAGCCAGGCAGACUGGCAAAACAUUUUGAGGUAAAAGGGUAAAAUUUACGAGUGAAUAGUGUAAAAAAACAAAGCAAACAAAAAAACUCACCUACAACAUAGUAUGUUUUAUUGUCUCAAAUCUAGUGUCAUUGAUCAUUGUAAAUUCAUAGCAUUACCCUGUAAUUUAUACAAAGAAUAUUUGAGUUUAUAUUACAUUAAUAUCAUUUAAUGUGCAUUAAUAAUUGUAUGCUAGUUAACUUAGUUAUAAUAACAAGGAGAUUAGUCAGUGGUAGGAAAUUAUACUAAUGUUUUCCAAAUGCUCUACUAAUCAUUAAUUACAGACUAAGGCUUAGAGGAAUUUUAAACAACUAAAAAAACUUACAAAUCUAAGACGUUUUUUAUUUUUUUUUAAUGGAUCCUGUGGAUAUAAAUGACACUGUUUCAAGGUUGAUGCCAUCUACAAUGUAGGAGAUAGACAGGUAGACAUUGCAUCAAUAUGUAAUUCAGAGCUCAGGGAUUUUGCAAUAUUUCCAAUAGCCAUUACAAAAAGAGAGAUUUAUUAACAUGAAUUCAACAGAAAAAUAGAUGUCAGGAAACAAAAUUGCCAUGAAAAAACAGUUUCUGUAGAAUCCAUGCGUUUACACUGUGAUUGCUCCACUUUUGGACCUCUGCUCUUUUACCAGAAUUUUUCUAUAAUUCUUCCCUUUCUCCCCAUUUCUGUUCUCCAGGCGGACAUCUACAUCACGGAGCCUCAAGGUAUCAGUUCUGUAAAUGUGCCUGUAACAGUUUCGCCGAAUUAUGCGCCACUCGUAAAGACAACCAAAGGAGAGAAAAAGGUAAGUAAACUGUCUAGAAUUUCUAACUGAAGACAAUAUUUUCAUGGCUCACUCCAUAGCUGGAACAUUUAAUCUUAUUGUCUCUGAAGAUUUUUCUAAAAAUAAAUUGUGAAUCUCGAAAUCCUAACUAAUAAUUAUUUUCUUAUACAUUAAAGGACCACUAUAGUGCCAGGAAAACAUACUCGUUUUCCUGGCAAUAUAGUGCCCUGAGGGUGCCCCCACCCUCAGGGUCCCCCUCCCGCCCGGCUCUGGAAAGGGGAGAAGGGGUAAAACUUACCUUUUUCCAGCACUGGGCGGGGAGCUCUCCUCCUCCGAUCCUCCUCCUGGGCUGAAUGUGCACGCGCGGCAAGAGCUGCGCGCGCAUUCAGCCGUUCACAUAGGAAAGCAUUUAUAAUGCUUUCCUAUGGACGCUGGCGUGCUCUCACUGUGAAAAUCACAGUGAGAAGCACGCAAGCGCCUCUAGCGGCUGUCAAUGAGACAGCCACUAGAGGAUUAGGGGGAAGGCUUAACCUAUUCAUAAACAUAGCAGUUUCUCUGAAACUGCUAUGUUUAUAAAAAAAAAUGGGUUAAACCUAGCUGGACCUGGCACCCAGACCACUUCAUUAAGCUGAAGUGGUCUGGGUGCCUAGAGUAGUCCUUUAAAUCUGUAGUCUGAUGCUCAUUUCUCAGUCCACUCCUACUCUUCAAUAUUUUAUUUCUUUGCAGGAGGUUAGUUGUUGGCAAUUCUAAUACUUGAUUAAUGGUUUAUAUAGUUAUACAAAAUUAGCCUUCCAUGGCAUUGAUCCCAUGAUACGAGAGCUGCAUUUGAUUGCUCUAUAACGUCAUCAUACCAGUUUAUAUUAUUAUUAUUAGUUGGGAUUCAUUUAAACAAGAUUUAAACUGUGCAAGUUGACCAUCAUUUUUUAAAAGAAGUGAGAUUCUCAAAAGGAACAGCCAACCACAGCCCCCAAAAUCUAAUGAGGUCAAACUAUUGUGGGUUGAAAUUGUUGGGAAUUACAAAUCACCCUCAUCUGGAUCCCACAAUGCUGUCUGUGCAUUCCCUGACGGUUUAACAACUUUUGUUCUAGCUAUGGUUCACUACAAGGAAGAGAUGUCAACUGCUGCUCACUGUACAUGCAUGUGUGCGAUUAUUACACUGUGGUGAUUGUAGCAUGCAACAUAAAAUGUAUGAAUGCGGGGGGGUAGGGAUAUUUGGUGCACAUAGAGUUCUAGAGAGACAUUAUUUUGUGCUACAUGAGCCAUAUAGAGUCAACAGUAUAUAAUGUAGCUUAAGGAACAGUGCACACAUAAAAAUACAUCUUUAAAUUUGACAAGGCUACUUAAAAUCCCCUCAUCUCAGCAAACAAAUAUUGUGAGUCAGUACCAUCAUAUAGCCAUAUUGUGUUAAGCCAACCACUACUUCAUAGUAUCGCAAUAUCGCUGGGUUUUACACUAAUUCAAAUGUUUGUCAUUAUAACAACAGUGUAUAAUGUGUGAGAGCACAGGUAGAGUUAGAUAGGCAUUAUUCUUCACAUAUCUACCGUUGUCCUUAUUAUAUACCCAUAUCCAUCCCAUUAUAUCCAGUUUACCAAUCACCACAAUAACGUUACAAUUCUCAUUGCGCAAUAUUUGAGUCAAUAUCAUAAUAUUUCAUCAUUAUUAUGGAAUUAUUAACUGUCACAUCAAUCUCUCUUUUAUACAAGGCUCAUAUUUCCUUUAAACCAUCUGUGGAUGAGCAGCGAGAAUGUCCCGGAUGUUCCACUACAGCAGUGGAUGGCAAACUCGUUGUACGAUAUGAUGUUCAGCGGGAGCAGAGCAGUCAGCUACAGGUAAGCUUAUUGUAAGAGCCACCAUUCUAGUAUGGCAGGUACAGGGUCUUCUUGUGUGGAUAAACAUUGUUUUAAUGACUGCUAUAAACAAACAAGAGAAAACUGGGGAUUCCUUGUGAACUGGCCAAAUUAGAGUUAGCAGUCAAAAGCUCAGAAUUUGCAUCUGUGCCUUUUUAAUCAUUCACAGAUGUUGCAGACAUAAAAAAAACAUUGUAGUAAACUGUCAGAACGCUUCUGGAAACGUUAACAACAAAUUGACACAGAAGCUGAUGAACAUCAGUUAGUGAUUAACUGUAGUGACUCACAGGUAGUGUAACUGACUGGCAACAGUGAGGACCAGAAUUCAAAUCCAGCCAGGCCUCCCAAACUGGUGGCAACAUCUGUCAGUCUGCAGAGAUAGGGACAAACUGUGACAUAAACGAGAAGAAUGCUUCUAGAAACUGUAGUCAUGUUCUCAAGGACUUUAUAUGGGAUUUGGAGUUUAUGUUCUUGAAAUGUGCAUUUUUCACUCAAAGUCCAUGACAUUUGUGGCAAAUAUCUAUAAUGUUUUUUUGUAAUGCUUCAUUUAUGGCAUGCAGAAACAGACAUAAGUAAAAAAAAUUAACAAAAAGUAAUUUUGCACUAUUUGUAAAUAGUAAAGGCAGACAGUAUAGCUUUAAGCAGGUAGUACAAUGUGAGAAACUCUAUGCUAGAAUCGUAAUUAGGAAGCAUCCAACAGAAGGUUUCAUUAUACUCAAAUGCAAUCAACGAUCAUGAGCAAUUAUGAAAGAGAUAAGGCAGGUAUUGAAUACUAGGAGUAUUUGUUUGUUUUUGUUUUUUUAAAAAGCAAAAGUAUGCAACAACAAUACAGCCUGUCUAAAGGAGCUGGAUUAGCAGGAUAUAAAACAAAAAAGAAAAAGAAAAAAAGAAAGAAAACAUGGAGCCGUCAAUAAUGGGUAACAGAAACAGAAAGGUCCACAUCAGAGCCUGUCAUGACUGAUCUUAAUAAGGAAAUAAAAUAAAAAAACCUUUAAAAAAGAUCAGGUCGGCCAAUUUAUACAGUAAAAUUGAAGAUUGAAGUGGUGAGGUGGUUUCAGGUACUUGUCACUGCAGAUAUGGGCUAUGUGCCAUCAGGAACAAAAGGGGUGACUCCAUGCACAUCCUAAGUCAUCUGUCCAGAAAUGUCGGGUAUUAGCAGGUGGCAAUGGCUGUCCUAGCUCCUUGUGCAUGGACUAUUUAAUACAUCACACUGUUGUGUUCCACUAUCAGUCCCAUAACAGCUUGUCGACAAGUUGUGAUGAACUCCUCCAUCGUAGAGAUUGCCCAGGAGAGAUCAGGAUAAAGAAAUAUCUCUCCUCAAAAGUGUAGGAGGAUGAAAUCCUAGCUAUUUUCCUUAUGCCUAUUGGACUUCCACAUCAUAGGAACUUGAAGUUGUUAGGUGCACCGAAAUGCCCAUCAACUGACACAGAAGCAGUAGGUUUGCAUGACAGCAUGGUGAUGAAUACAUUUUUUUUUUAGAUAAUUUAAAAAAGCCAUUAAACUUACCUUUAUUCUAGUGCCAACACACACUCUUAUUUUUGCAAUAAAUUAAUUAAUCACAGUAAUUUAAUCUUUCUUUUUUUUCGGAUCUGUUAGGUGUUCAAUGGAUAUUUUCUCCAUUUCUUUGCGCCAGAAAACUUGCCUCCUCUUCCAAAGAAUAUUUUAUUUGUCAUUGAUGUCAGUGGUUCUAUGUGGGGUCUGAAAAUGAAACAGGUAACAAGGAAAUAUAAAAUGUCCUUUUUUCUUUUUUUUUUAUAUUUGUUUUUAUUACAUAACUAAGCACAUCUGUACAAAAUAUAUUCUAUACAUCACAAAUGAAAUGUUUUGGUACCAAAUACCAACAUACCAACAAAACAAAUACCAACACCAAAUGUUGGACAGAUCUCGGUUCUGAUAUAAUGAAAAUCUACGCAUAAUAGUUGAUUCAAAAGUGUUAUUUAAAUUUCUUGUUACAUAAUUGCAAUUUCCGCUGAAUGACAAAGAAUUAUAGCUAAACAGUUUAUGUGUAACCCCACAGUGUGCAUAAUAAUGUGUAAUUAAUCUUCUUAGACAGUUGAGGCUAUGAAAACUAUUUUGGAAGACCUCAGGCCCGAUGACCAAUUCAGCAUUAUCGAUUUCAACCACAAUAUUCGAUGCUGGAAAGAGGAACUCGUUUAUGCCUCUGAUCUUGAAAAAGAGGAUGCCAAGCAAUAUGUACAGAGAAUACAGCCAAACGGAGGUAGGUAGAGAUAAAAAUUGUAAUAACUGAAUUUUCUACAAAAACGCAUUAUUGGCUGUUGGGCUGAUAAUAUAUAUCUUAUAGCACAUACAUAUAUUUACACAUAUAUAAUACACAAGAUCCAGCACACACACACAUCCACUAAACAGCAACCGCAAAGCUUACAGAUUUUAUUAGUUUUUAUAUAGUGUUACAGUAGAGAUUGAAGCCGUAUUAGUCCAGUGAUGCUGAAUUUUGGAAAGAAAAGCUUUCGGGAGAACUUCCUUUUCUCAAGUCUAAAGUAUUUCUGACAAGAACGACGCAUAGAAUUCAAAGUUGAGUUUCGAGUUAAGGCAACAUGAGUACAGAUAAGGCACAGGUCUGAAAGAAAAUAGACACCAUUCUCUCAGAGGGUCAUAUAUAUACUUUGUGUGAGAAUUACAGAGUGAGGAAGGAAAGAGAGGGAAAAAAAAACAAGCAUAUCAUACCAGUCACUCCAGGGGGCUGGCUGCAGCUGCAUGGGCUGCCGGCAUACCUUUAAGGUCAGUGCACAGGUGCACCAUCCCGGGGCCCUUGGUUGCCGAGUUACCUGCAGGAGGGGAGCACUGUGCUGUACUGCUCCCCUCCUGCCGCUGUAUGAUAGAGCACUGCCUGUCAGACCGAGUACUGCGGCAAGCAGGUACAUGAGGGGUGGGGGUGAGACACAUGCAGAAUGUGGAGGGGUAAUGGGACACAUGGAGGGCCUGGGGGGGCAGGAGGGAAUGGGACACAUGGAUGGGCUCGGGGGGAAUGGGACACAGAGUGGCUAGGGGGAGGAAAUGGGACCCAUGGAGGUGCAGGGGAGGAGGAGGGAAUGGGACAAAUGGAGGGGCUGGGGAGGGAGAGGAAAUGGGACACGUGGAGGGACUGGUGGGGGAAUGAGACACAAUGAGGGGCUGGGAGGAGGGAAUGGGACACAUUGAGGGGAUGGGGGUCAGGAAUGAGACACAUGGGGGACCUGGGGCAGAGAAUGAGACACAUGGGGGGGUUUGGAGUGAUAAAUUUGACACAUGGAGGAGCUGGGGGAGAAGAAUGGAACACAUUGAGGGUGGGUCCAUGGCAAUUUUUGCACAAUUGCUCUGUGGUUUUUAGUUGUGCCUCUGUUUCAACAUAUUUAUAUAAGUUGACAUAUUAACCAUAUCAGCAAUGUCAACUUAUUUAUUUAUUUAUUAUUUAAUAGUUCCUCUUAUCCAGGGAGCUUUAUCGAAUGUAGAAAUUAGUUUCUGCUCUAAAACUAAAAUCAGGAAAAACAGGUAACCAGCCAUUGCCUUAAAGGAACACUAUAGUCACCUAAAUUACUUUAGCUAAAUAAAGCAGAUUUACUGUAUAGAUCAUUCCCUUGCAAUUUCACUGCUCAAUUCACUGUCAUUUAGUAGUUAAAUCACUUUGUUUCUGUUUAUGCAACCCUAGCCACACCUCCCCUGGCUAUGACUGACAGAGCCUGCAUGAAAAAUAAAACUGGUUUCACUUUCAAACAGAUGUAAUUUACCUUAAAUAAUUGUAUCUCAAUCUCUAAAUUUAACUUUAAUCACAUACAGGAGGCUCUUGCAGGGUCUAGCAAGCUAUUAACAUAGCAGGGGAUAAGAAAAUCACAAUUAAACAGAACUUGCAAUAAAGAAAGCCUAAAUAGGGCUCUCUUUACAGGAAGUGUUUAUGGAAGGCUGUGCAAGUCACAUGCAAGGAGGUGGUACUAGGGUUUAUAAACAAAGGGAUUUAACUCCUAAAUGGCAGAGGAUUGAGCAGUGAGGCUGCAGGGGCAUGUUCUAUACACCAAAAAUGCUUAAUUAAGCUAAAGUUGUUCAGAUGACUAUAGUGUCCCUUUAAUGUUUGAAGUAUUAUUACAAUUUUGUCAUUUCAUAUUUCAUAUUCAUUUUUAAAGUCCAUGCUGCUGAUGUGAAUAUAUCAUAGGGUUUAUUUACUAAAGUGAGGAUUCAAAGUGAAUUUCAAUUUAUGGUCAAAAUAGCAGAACUACAUUGCUAACAGGGGUUUUAAAUAAGAUUGUUUGGUGAAGAAAGAUAUAGUUUAGUUCUUCAGUAUGAAGCAAAACAUUAAUAUAGAGACCAACAAGAUACGAUACCAAAAUUUGGCCUAAACACUGUAAUCCCCAUAUCAAUAAAUGGCAUAUUGACUGUUUAGUAAAUUGACUCCUUAAUAAAGUCUGUGCAUUUGUGGUAUUAAAAUGAUUAAUCAAUAAGACUUGUGCUGUUAAAGCAACAUGCCUUCCUGCUAUUGUUUUGCAAUAUUUUUUUAUAUUAUAUUUUAUCAGGAACUAACAUCAAUGAAGCACUUCUCCGAGCUAUAUUUAUACUGAAAGAAGCCAGCGACCUCGGCAUGUUGGAGGCAAACUCUGUUUCUUUAAUUGUCUUGGUGUCAGAUGGAGAUCCCACAGUGGGUAAGAUAAAAUAUUAUAAAAGAGGCUUCCAAUCUUCUAUCUAAUAAGAAUAGUAAAGUACCUGUUGGAAAUAAUCGAUGGUAUAUUUUGUGCUUGUUCGGUGAAGGAGAAUUCAACAAAUGCUGUAGGAUUAUAUGCACUUAAAGGGGAACUGUAACUUCUUUGCAAUUUACACUGAAUAUCAACUAUAACUUGUGUUAAAUGGGAUAGUCUAGGCCAGGGGUGCCCAAAAAGUAGAUCCCCAGAUGUUGUAGAACUACAAUUCCAAUGAUGCUUUCAUGCCUUUAGAAUGACAAAGCAUCUUGGAAGCUGUAGUUUUAAAACAUCUGUGGUUCUACAUUUUGGGCACCUCUGGUCUAGGCACUCACUAUAAUUACGUGGCAGCAGUAAAUCAACCAAGGAUUCCCAAAAACCUUGUGUAAAAUAAUUUUCUCUUUUUUUAUAACUUAUGUUAACUUUUUUUUUACAAGGUAUUACCUUAUUUUUUCGUGUAUAAGACGACCCCUAAUUUUAUAGCCCAAAAUUAAGAAAUCAAUAUUUUAAACAUCAAAUAACAACUUUGAUAUUUUAGAAGUGAGUUCUGAGGAGAACAACAUACUUCUGAUUCCCAUGCCUCCCCUGUGCUACGGUACUCUGUAAAGUUAAUGGCUCUAUAAUGCAUGCUGCGAGACUGCAGCUCACACAAUACAGCAGGUAGUGUGAGGGCAUGCUGGGACAUCACAGUAGUAUUCCCUCUGCUCCCUGAUCCCCAUUUCCUCCCCCAUAAAUAUAAAUCAGAUAGCAAGACCUACCUGAGGUGGAGCAAACCUUAAUAUGACUGCUCCUUUUAUGGCGUGGCAUGUCUCUGGAGCUCCGUUGGUGGGAAGUGCUGAUGUCUGAUGCAGCUCCCAUGCAUAUAGGGACCUCUUCCUCCUUGCCACAUCAUUCAGAAGUGGAUCGGUGGGAGGGAGACCAGGUAUGUGUGUGGGCCGUGGUACACUGAAAUGCGGCAGGCGCCAUCUUAACUUGGGCCCCGCGCAAACGUUUUUUCUUUUUAACCCCUGCAGUGACAUUCCGUGUAUAAGACGACCUCCAUAUUUAGACUAAAAAAAAUUGAAAAAAACACAUUCUUAUACAUGGAAAAAUACGGUAUAUUGCCUUUUAAAUGUAUAUUAAAGGGACACUGUAGGCACCCAGACCACUUCAGCUCAUUAAAGUGGUCUGGGUGCAAACUCCCAUCACCCUUAACCCUGAGCAUGCAAUUAUUGCAGUUUUUAUAAACUGCAAUAAUUACCUGCUAGGGUAACUCCUCUUCUAGGGGAUGUCUACCAGACAGUCACUAGAGGGACUUCCAGGAUGAUAGGUGACUUUUGGUCGCCUAAACAAAGCCAAUGUCAGCAGGGCGGAGCAUGGGCAGAGCUGAGCCGGCGCAGAGGGACAUCAGCGCUGGACUCGGGUAAGUGACAGAAUUGGGGGGGAGUGAGGAGGGUGUAGCUAUAGUGCAAGAAUUUUUUUUUUUUUUCUGGCACUAUAGUUUCCUUUUAAACAUUUAGCAAAUGACCUCACAAUCCUGCAACUUCGCGCCACCAUCUUAGCUCCCUGUCAAUCAUUGUUAUAAUCUUUUCACAGCCAGUAUAUAAAAAGCAUACAGAGAAGAAGAGAAUAUGUCUAUUCAUCAUCUUCAUUUGAGAUGUUUUUGCAUCACAUCGCCCUGUUGAAACUAUGUAAUUGUGUCUUUAACACCACACAAAUAAAUAUUUUCUAAAUACAGGUAUAAAUAAACAUGAUAUAAAAAUUCCUGGAAACCCCUAAGUUACUUUAAAGUCACAAACAAAAUAAGAGUAUAUUUGAAGACACAAACAAAAUAAAAAUAAAACUAGAGUGGACACAGAGUGGAGAAAGGGAACAAUCAAUCUCAAUUCAUAUUUUUUUUAUCUUGAUUUAACAUGCACGGUUAAAUCCUCACUUUUUCUUUCAGGUGAAUUGAAAUUGUCUAAAAUUCAGAAGAAUGUUAAGACACAUAAUCGAGAUGAUUUCUCGCUGCACUCCCUUGGCAUUGGGUUUGAUGUGGACUAUGAUUUCUUAGAACGACUUGCCCAGGAGAACAAUGGCAUGGCUCAGAGGAUUUAUGGAAACCAGGACACUGCUGCCCAAAUGAAGGUCAGGAUUUCUACUAUUCAGUAUACGAACAGUGGUGUAUCCUGGUUUUGUGCUGCCCUAGGUAGGACAAAAUUCAGGCGCCCCCCGGCACCCUACAUCCUCCCCGCCAACCCACCCCACCCCACCCUUCCCCCUGCCCCGCCUUCUAAAUACACACACACACACACACACAUUCACUGACAGAUACGCAUACACUAGCUAACAGACACACACUCACUCACUAACAGAAACACACACUAACAGACAAACACACACUCACUAACAGACACACACACACUCUCACUAACAGACACUAACACACACACAGACAAACUAACAGACACACACACACACACUAACAGACACAGAGACACACACUCACACUAACAGACAUACAGACACACACUCACACUAACAUACACUCACACUAACAGACACACACACUCUAACAGACACACACUCACACUAAUAUACACACACACACUAAUAUACACACACACUAACAGACACACACACACUCAUAUUCCGGCUCCCGGUAUCACUCUGCGGCGUGCGAGGGAGCCGAGCAGACAGCUCAGGGGAAAGUGCUCCUUCACCAGCGCCGCCCGCCCGUUAGUGAGAGUGUGUGUGUAUUCUGUGUAUACAAAUAUAUAAUUAUAAGAAAGGCUCAACUGAAAGUGGGUGAGAAGUAAUGUGGUAUAAAGAGUACUAGGUGCCCUUAAAGGAAAAAAUCAGUACCCACACCGGAUAUAUAUAUAUAUAUAUACAAUAGAGAUAAUAAUGAUCCCAAGGCACACCAAGGUUUGCACAUAAAAAAAGUGUUUAUUCAUGCAUUGAAAAAAUACAUCAAUAGGUUUUGACAAAACGAAAGUGCAUAAAGUAGUGCAUAUCCAAUCUAUAAUACCAAUGCCACAAUAUAAAACAAAGUGCUAAAUGCAAACACCUAUUAAAAAGGUAUACUGACCAAGAGCAGGAGAAAUGAAAACCCCAAUGUUUCGGCUCUGAAGCCUUCCUCUGGGGGAUCCCCAACUUUAAUAAUUUUUCUUGAAAAAUAGUUUGCAGCAAUUUUAUUACAGCGUUAUUCACUUCUAUUCUGUUCAAAAACUCUUUGUCCUUCCUGUAUACGUGGGAGAGAGGGGAUAUUUUACCAAGCAGGUGGCCAGACAUUAUCCCAACCUUGGUUUUGGAAAGAUGGAGUAACUAAUUGUUUCAUGAAUCAGAAUGUGUUCUCACCCACCAGUAUUCUUGUUAAAAAUGAAGGAAUUGAACAUUAAAUCCAGUUUGCACAUGUUGUUGCAUUAUUACACAGCUAAGGCAAAGGGGGUGUCCAAUCAGACGGACAUUAAAAUACCCCCUAUUCUCUCAGAUGUCAUUGAACAGAUAUUUAAACAAGCUGGAUCUGUCUGCCUGCAUUGGAUUUAUUUAAUGCAUAAGCAGAGAAAGCUAUACAUGAGGGAGAGGAGACAGCAGAGUCUGAGAAGAGGGGGGAAGAACCAGACUCUGCUUCCCAACUGCCUCAAACAGCAGAAGCCACCAUCCUGCACCCAAAAUGUAGGAAAUGCUUAGAGAUAUUACACCCACAUCUAUUAUCUAUAAUUAUUACCAAGUCCUUUUCAUUUACACGUUUUCCUAGCUCAACACUAUUACGGGUAUAAGUUGCUUAUGUGAUCUUCAUCUAAAAAAAACGCAACUUUUCAUUUAUCUUCAUUGAAUUUCAUCUGUCAUUUGCCAUCAUGUUCUCCUAAAUGUAUCCAAAUCCCUAUGCAAAAAGCAAUAUCCUGCUCAUACUGUAUUACCUUACCUUGUGUCAUCCGCAUUCAAUGGCACGUGACCUUUCAUGCCCAUUUCGAGAUCAUUAGUGAAGAUUAGAAAGAGAAGUGGAUUGGGGACUGACCCUGUGGUACUCAACUUUCUACUCUUGUACAAUAUGAUAAUAUCAAUAGAAAAUCAGAUAUAACUCCCCUUAUCUCAAACAAAAUUAAUAGGAUGGCCUUUCUUACAAAAUAAGAUAUCUUUUAAAAAAAAUGAAAUCCAUCUUCACAUUAUAAGGGCAUGUCAACUUAAGCUCUUGAAUCAUCUAAAUACAUCAACCAAAGCUACUGUUCGUGGAUGUCAAAUGCCUACCAGUCUGCUACGGUUAUAUCCUUCGGCACGUGGAAACAGUGCUACGUAAACUUUUACAUUUUAAAUUUUUAGUUGUUAAACAAAAAUCUGAUAAAUUGACAGUUUUCUUUUUUGGUUUGCCUUUCAGGAAUUUUACCAAAAGGUUUCCACUCCUCUGCUUAAAAACAUUAUAUUCAACUAUCCACUAGAUGGAAUCUCAGAUGUGACCCAGAACUCAUUUCACCAUUAUUUCGGAGGUGAUGAGCUUGUUGUGGCUGGUAAACUCAAACCUGAAAACAUUUCACCACUGCAAAGUAUGAUUACGGCGAGCAGUGUAAGUUUCUUUAAGUACUUGAUAUUUCACUUAAAAUGCAGGACAUAUAAAUAUAUAUGGUGCAUAGCAUGGUGCAGUAAACCUCUAGUGUGGACACGCAGGACCUACAGGAAUCAAAUCUUGAGUCUACAGUUUAUUUUAGACAAUUGUGUUGCUAAUAAGCUUUCUCACUGUAACCAGGAACAGGCAAUAUUCCCUUUUUUAAAACUUUGCAACGUUACUCCUUUAUGUGUAGACUGCAGAUAGACUUGUACCUAAAAGCAACUAAAACAAAGGGAAAAAAGGUGGGCCUCCAGGUUCCUGCAUCACUAUUCGUUAGUACAAUUCUGCGGUGGAGUUAGCCUAGAGCUGUCUGAAAGUCCACCUUAGGUAGCAAGGUAAUAAGUAUGCGACCAGAUUGAGGUAUAUAGGUUAAUUUCAUCUCAAAAUAUAAUUCUUCCAGAGUACGUUACUAGUAAACCAGGUUCCAAGUAGUGAACUGACUUUUUUCUUUUCUAAAACUGGGGGACUACCUGCUCAGCUAUAUUUAAAAGUUUAAUCGUGAUGGACCUGUUAUUGUUUGUCCUAGGAGCGCGAGUGAGGUGCAAGACCAUGUGGGCUUUGUAGGAAGGUCUGAACAUUUUUGUAAUAUAGAAUAAAUUCCAAACCAUGAUAUGUGUUUGUAGGACCACUCUCUUUCCUUUUAAAAAGUAGGAAUCAUAGGAACAAAAGUCUGCUAGUAAAGAUCAGAUGGACUGGCUGUAAGCCAGAUACCCAGAUAUUUUAUUUUAAAAUCUGACCAUGGGAAUGCAAAGCUCUGGCAGAGCGGGAGGGCAUGCCUGCUCGGAGUGUCUAUGUUAUGUGUCGUUUGUGCAAUUCUUCUUUAAGUGUCAGAGGUUACCGAAUUUUGCACUAUAUAUGGAAGGGAAAUCUCAGGGUUGGACACCAAAAAUAAUAGGUCACCUGCGUAAGCAGCUAUUUUAUGAUGAAUCUGUCCCUCUACUAUUCUGGUUAUGUCAUCGAUAGUGGGAAGUGUUAUCUUUUUACCUGAAGACUUUUUUGUCUUUCUACAGGACUGGGCCACUGAAUAUAUAGCAUUCCAACCCUCAAAUUAUGCAUCCUAAAUUUACUUAUAUGUUUGUACACUUCAUGCGUCAUCAAGUCAAUUGGAGGAAGUUUUCCUCAUAUUUUUAUAUCUUUGGUCUAAACCCUAUGCUCAAACUCCCACUACUCCUGGGCAGCAGCAAUGACUGUAGUAUACAUUAACCCUAUUGCAUACAAUAUAAAACAAAGAAAAACGUUACUUGUGCACUAUCCCAAAUCCCUAUAUGCAUCAAUUUUGUGGCAAAUUUCAAUUUAGUUUUAGUCAUAGUCUUUUAACUAAAAAGACAUUUUAGUUUUAGUCGUAUUUUAGACAUCUGAAUUGUUUUAGUUUAGUUUUAGUCGACUAAAUCUCAAACGUUGUUUUAGUUUUAGUCGACUAAAUCUCCACUAGCCUCUAUCUGUCUUUUUUGCCCCUUCCCCAACCCCUCUGUGUCUCUUUGUAUCCUCACAGCCCCUUUAAGUGUCUCUCUUCUAAGCCCUGGUCUGUCUCUCUUGUCCCUUCCACAUCCCCUCUGUUCUUUUUUUAUUUUUGGUGGCAAAUUUCAAUUAAGUUUUUGUCAUAGUCUUUUGACUAAAACAAAUUUUAGUUUUAAUUUUGGUCAUCUGAAUUGUUGUAGUUUAGUUUUAGUCAACUAAAUCUCAAACAUUUUAGUCGUCUAAAAUUUGACUAAAAUUGUUCGUCAACAAAAUUAACACUGAUGCACAAUUAAAUAGGGAUUUGGGAUAGUGCGCAAGUAACUUUUUUCUAUAAUUUUUAUUGUACAUAAAUACACUCCUACAUUCACACAUAUGCAUAUUCCAUACAAAAACAUGCUUACAUGCAAACACACAAACAUUGCUCACAAUACAAAGCAUUGUGGGAGAUGUAUGACAGUUUAACCAGUGCCUUAAAGACUUGUUAUUUUUCUGAUCUAUAUCUUCACACAGGCAAAUGCAGAUUUACUUUUAGAUGUUACAUCAGAAGCGGAAGCUCUUAACGAGCUCUUUGAACAGAGUAAACAUGCAUUCCCUGAUUUUGCCAAGCAAUACUGGGCCCAACUUACUAUUAACCAGCUUUUAGCAGAGAGGUAAGUUACCACAAAAACCACCAACCCUGGAAUUUGGAAAGCAUGUGGGGGAGGGUGUCUCUGUAUAAUUAAGGAAACUUAAAGGACCACUAUAGUGCCAGGAAAACAUACUCGUUUUCCUGGCACUAUAGUGCCCUGAGGGUGCCCCCACCCUCAGGGUCCACCUCCCGCCUGGCUCUGGAAGGGGGAAAGGGGUUUAAACUUACCUUUUUCCAGCGCUGGGCGGAGAGCUCUCCUCCUUCUCUCCUCCUCCGUUCCGCCCCGUCGGCUGAAUGCGCACGCGAGGCAAGAGCUAUGCGCGCAUUCAGCCGGUCGCAUAGGAAAGCAUUUACAAUGCUUUCCUAUGGACGCUGGCGUGCUCUCGCUGUGAAAAUCACAGUGAGAAGCACGCAAGCGCCUCUAGCGGCUGUCAAUGAGACAGCCACUGUGACUAGAGGAUUAGGGGGAAGGCUUAACCCAUUAAUAAACAUAGCCGUUUCUCUGAAACGGCUAUGUUUAUAAAAAAAAUGGGUUAACCCUAGAAGGACCUGGCACCCAGACCACUUCAUUAAGCUGAAGUGGUCUGGGUGCCUAGAGUGGUCCUUUAAGAAGAUCAAUAAGUAGUGAAAAUGUGAAGAUAUUUUCUUUAAUGAAAACUGAUACUUACAUACCUCCCAAGUGUCCCUCUUUACAACAGACCAACUCUGUUUUGGACCCAAAUCUAUCUGUUCCUCCUUUCUAGCCUAAUGUCACCUUUAUUGGGGUUCCUCAUAUUUGGUGUGUAUAACAGCAUUUUGCAGCAAUAAAACUCACACCAAUGGGCCUUUAAACUGCACUAAAUGGUUUUAGAAAAAAAAACAAAAUUUAGAAAAUAUACUUUUGGUCUUGUUAUAAAUGACAAAUUAAUUGAUAUAAAUAGCUAACUAUUAGUGAACCAAGUCCCCUUGGUUGAAUGUUUACACUUCAAAGUCACACUAUCUAAAAUGAAAGUCUCCCUCUUUGACCAUUUAGGCUUCUGGAAGGUAUUAGUUUAUUUAAACAAGGAGCCACGCACAAAUUAGAGGAGCCUAUUGGUGUCAAAGGGAAAAAUGAUAUUCAGUUACCAGAGUUAAGUUUAUCACUUUUAAUAGAAUGCAUUCCUACUAUAUAAACUUGGAAAAAAUGAACACAGGUAACCGAGAACAAUCAGGCUGCCUGACUGACAGCUCUAAGGGUUGAAUUUAGAGCUGUAGCAAUAUUUAAAAAUCCAUUCUCAGAACUGAGAGUUGGCACAGGGUGCUCUAUCCUCCACAAACUCUGCAAAGUUGUGAUGGUGCUUACAGUUAUCUUUUAAGGCACAAGGGAGCCACUACCAAAGAUAUAUUUUUAGAGUAAAUGGAUGUCAUCAGAGGAUAUAGUACUGGGUUUUAAGAGGACUUUAGCUUUUGACUAGAAUGGUAUUUUGAUUGGUAAACAGAGUACAGACAUUUAUUGGAAUCAUCCAGACAUAAUUUUAUUGUAAUGAAUAUGAAUAAAUGCUCAGCUUAUAGCAUACAUAUGUGUUGUGGUGUUUCCUACAGGAAUUUAGCUACAACAGCUGAAGCCAAACGGAACAUUACCAAGUCAAUCCUGCAGUUGUCUAUUGAACAUCACUUUGUCACACCAUUCACCUCUCUGCUGAUAGAGAGUGAGGAUGGAAAAGAAAGGAUGUUGGCUGAUGCUCCCAAAGACCCAAAAGGAGGCUGCUGUCAAAGUCAGGUUUUUUUUCAACUAAUACUUGCUUACAGAUUGCAUUUUAGUAACAUGUACUUCUAGAAUUUAAAUUAAUAUUUAAAGGGGCUCUCCAGAUACCCUCACAUUAGGUACGAUAUGAUGUGGUUUUUGUUUUUUUAAAUUAAUGAAUCUCUCCAUCCAUCCCACCCAACCUGCAGUGUUUCCCUGUUUGUUCCAUACAUACUGCUAUACAUGAUGUUAUUAAGCUGCACAGAAUUUUUGGGGGUUGUAGUUGAAAUUAUAGUUUUCUGCAAUAGCAAUCUAACAAUUGAACUACAACUCCCAGAAAACCACACUGUAACCACAAGAAGCUGAUGUGUAGCAAUUAUUAGACUUGUGCAUUUGAUUUCAAAUGAAUCGCUAUUCAUCCAAAUUUUGGGCAAUCGCCAAUUCGUCCGAAUUCCACAACUCCACAUGGACACUUUUCAGUCUGUUUGAAUCCUUUUUUUUUUUUGACAAAUAUAAUUUUUGGCCAUGCACAAGUGUAAAGGCCAUCAAUGAUGCGCAUUCCCAUAAUGCAUUGUUGAUUCACUACCUAUUGAUUGAUCCAAUAAGAAUUACACUUUAUUUCUCCUUAUAACUGCUAGGAAUGUGGUCUUGGGAGUAAAUGCUGUAUGUUUAAAAUCAUACUUAAAAAAAAAAGCAAAAAUGACAUUUAUAUUAAUGCCUAUCUAUGUCUCCUGAAACAUAAUUAAUUAUGCAUAACCUGGUGGUAUAACUUGCCUGUCACACUGUUAAUCAGUUCUAAGGAAAUUACAUUUCAAAUAGACAAUCACGGCGUAAAGAUCAAUAUACAAACCAGACUUUUUACAAUGAUCCAAUGACUCACCAAUUGCAAGUAGAUUAAUAUGUGCAUUUUCGCUCCAUUUUAGUACAUCCAAAUAUUUUUUCUGAAACAAAAUCUAUCCCAACUGAAAUGUAACUUGGAUUAAAUUUGGUUUGUCCAAACCAAUUUUUUAUUUCAGAUGGAUCAGUUUGGACAAACCAAUUUUUUAUUUCGGAUGGAUCAAUUUGGACAAACCAAUUUUUUAUUUCGGAUGGAUCAAUUUGGACAAACCAAUUUUUUUUUUGCUGUGCACAAGUCUAGUAAUUACUACCGUUAGAUCAGUCUAGCUAUAAAAAAAAAGCUAAGAGGGCAUAAUGACUGGUUGAGUUACUACCUGAACUGGGCAGAGUUCACUUCAGAAGCUGUAAAGUUUGAUGAUAUACAGCAAAUAUAAGUAUUUCAAAUGUAAUUUUUUUUUUUUUUAAUGCAAAAGAUGCAUAAGACAGAAGAUCAUCACCUGAGAGAAGAUAGACAGUAAGGGAGACAAGUGGGGUUGUCGGAUGGAUAAAGUUUUAUCUGGAUAACAAAUCCUUAAUUGUAGUUAGCCAUCCAUUUUCCUUUACAUAUUUUGAUUCAUUAUCAUCACUAUUGCAUUUUCCUAAGCCAGCUGCUUUUUCAAAUAAAACCUCCCACAAGGAAAGUUUUUGCUAGUUUUGUUGCUAAAUUUACCUGUAAAAUACAUUAGCUCACAUAAAGACCACCUGACAGCCACUGGAAUUUUCACUCCAUCUUAUGGCUGUCAGAUGUUCUAUGUCAACUAAUAUAUUUUGUUGGUAAAUUUAGCAACAAAACUAGCUUUCAUAUCUUUCAUUGUGAGAGUUUUUUUUAUGCGCAACAGUACUAAAAAAACGUAAUAGUUUGCGUGCUAUACACUACAUUUUCCCACUUCACCGAAUUUAAAAUCUGUGCCGUGUGGUGGCCAGGAGUGCCCUAAUGUCACCCCAUGCAAAUCAUGAUGGAACCAUUUCAGAAUAGUUUGAUUCCUUGCCGCUCAGCUUGAAGCUCUCAAGACUCAGCUCAUUCACCUUUGGGAGGUGCUAGGGAACUUCUGGCACCUUAACCACACAGUGCACUGUAGUGAGUACAGUGCUUGCAGUGUUCCUUAAUGGCUAGAGUGUGACUAUGUAUACAUGUUAGUGUGCAUCAGUGUUAGUACUUGUCUGUAUAUGUGAACUAGUUUGCAUCUUUUUUUAUCAUAGUCUAUGUAUGUGUACUAGCACUUGUUUGUGUGCUGGUCUGUAUGCAUGUGUGUUUUUAAUUGAUUUGGUAAGCAUGUAUGUAUGUAUAUAGGUAGGUAAUUAGAUGCAUAUGUAUAGAUAAUUAUAUAUAUAUAUAUAUAUGUGUAGAUCGUAAUAUAUGUGUGCAAGUGGCUAGUUGUUAUGUCAUGUAAACACAUACAUGUGAUCAUGUAUGUGUUUGUGUGGAUAAGGGCACCGCAAAACUUUCUCAACCAGGAUCUGCGCAACAUAUGGGCAUUUCUGAAAGUAACCUAAUAUCUGUGGAUCCUUAGCUGAUCCCGGUAUGGGAAAUAAAUAUGCUGCUUACAUUAUUUAUUUUUAAUGUUUUAACUGUUUCAAAAGGCUCUUCUUGAAUGUAUCAGUCUUUCAUAGCACUUAUUAAGAAGCAUAUUGAUAUGAUGGGUGAGCUCAACUCAGUAUGGCCGCACCACUAAAAUGAUGAGACGCCUUGUUUUUUGCAGCAUGUAAUAAAGUUAAAUAUGCAUGCGACUUUUUCUUUCAAACAGCACUGAUCGUGGGUAAAAAGCAUAUCCAAACACAACCUCAAAGUAAACCAUUAAUUAUGCCAACAUCAUCACCUACUUCUGAAGUGAAAGGGUCAGUGACAGAUAUAAUGAUUAUCACCCAACCACCAAACAAUGAAGACCCUACUAUCCGUCUGCAUCAGAAUCUACGCAAGACCCCUUUUAAGCAAAGUAUAGCAGGUAAGCCUAAAUAUACAUGUAUAUAUAUAGAUUGAUAGAUAGAUAGAUUGUUAGAUAGAUAGAUAGAUAGAUAGAUAGAUACAUAGAUACAUAGAUACAUAGAUACAUAGAUACAUAGAUCUAAAAAUGGAAAGUUUAUUAACAAAUUGCAUCAAGUUGUCCAAGUUCAUUGGAUGUCAUAGACAAUUUGCUGAACUGAGUACAAGGCAGGUUAUUAGUAGAAGUCCUCCAGUACAAGAUUUUUGUAUCAUUGGGUGUGUUUGUUGUUGAUUGAGGAGAACUUUCAGAUCGGUCAAUGCAGAAAAUACUUCCAACUGUUAAAGACGAGGUUACUUUUACCACUUUGAUUCUCACUGUUGCCUGCAACCAUUCAGGCAGCACUAGUAAUACUUCUGCCCCACUGGGCAGCCGGCUCCCUUGUCUGUUUAUCUCCAGCCCGGAUGGAGGGCUGACAAUGUUGGCAAAUAUGAUAUAAGUGUAAUGAGAUUUAAAAGAGCUGAUGUCCCAAACCUCUAAAUAGGCAAUUGGUGGAUACUGCCAGUGUGUUAGCAUUAAUAUACAUUAUUCAACAUUUUCGGGAUAGUGUCACCUUUAACCCCUUAAGGACACAUGAUGUGUAAUAUGUCAUGAUUCCCUUUUAUUCCAGACGUUUGGUCCUUAAGGGGUUAAAGAUGACUUGCCAUGUUUGGGUUUUUAGAAAAAAAUAUUUAUUUUUCUUGAAAAACAUCUAUAGGAUUGUUUUUCUAUUUGAUCUGUCACCUAUGGUUAUGCAUGCAGAUUAGCCAACAGAUUUAACCACUCUUAUGAUAAUAUAAGUAGGAUUUUCUUUGUUGUGUCCUUUUUCUGUGAACAAAUAAGAAUAUAUCAACUUACGCCUAAGCUUCUGAUACAGCAAACAGGGUAGUUGGGAUAAUAAAAAGUCUUAUAUAAUAAUGCAUGUACCUACAAUUAAAAAUUACAUAAGGAUACUACAGAAUAUAUAAACUGACGGUCCAUAUUUACAUUGUUUUCUUUAGUUGAUGAUGACCCACAUUUCAUCAUAAAUUUACCAAUGAGCGAUCUUGACGUCUGUUUUAAUAUUGAUUCUCAGCCUGGGAAUAUUUUGAACCUAUUUUCCGAUCCUGAAUUAGGUAAGUGACAAAUAUGCCCAUGCAUUCUCGCCCACAUUGACACUGCAAACAAUUACUCUCCUGAGUAUAUAAGUAUUCUUUUUCACACAUUACAUAAUUUUGUAUUUUUUUUUUUUCUGUACACCACAUACUAAUUACUAAUCACUUUUUUUGGCAUAAUUUUGGUUUUGUCGCUAAAAAGAUGACUCGUAUUUGCCAGUUUACAAGAAAAAAGUUGUUUUUAUUUAAGGAAAUAAAAAUGUUAUUGCUUUUGUUUACGUAGGAAUUGGAGUUAACGGAAGAAUAGUAUCUGCAAAGAAAGAAAAGAAUAGCAAACUAAAUACCUAUUUUGGUACAAUUGGCAUGUAUUUCAAGCAACACAACAUGAAGAUUGAAAUCAGCACAGAGAAAAUAACUGUGAAAGAUGAAUCUUACACCCACACAAUGCCCUGGUCUGAAUCCUGCAGCAUGAUGAUCAAUAGGUGAGUACUGGCCUAGAUCAAUUUUUAUAUGGUGAUUUCAAGUUUGUUAUAGGACAAAGAAAACACUCAAGAUUAUCUAUCGAAAAUUAACUCUGUUUGUGAUGCUAGAUUUAAAUCUGCAAAUCUGGCUCUGUGCAAUCUAACCUUUAGGCAUUCAGUCCGUAAGAGAAUGUUUAAACAGUGAUCUGCAUGGGGCUAAUUUGAAGGGUCCUGGCCAAAACUCUUCCAGCAUGUCACUUGUUAUAUGCACAGUAUAUUUGGCAUGCCCCCUGCUCCUGUCAACAAUGCCAAGUUCUACCUUCCCAGUCCCAUGCAACUGAAAUGGGUGGCAUGAGGAAUCAGUUUUAGGAGCAGUUUGAACAUAACUGAGAUAUAUACGCAAACUAAGCAUUUCCAUAAACAAAACAAAGUUAUGACAUGCGCCGUUCCUCUCAACAGCUUUUGCAGAGAGUCAUGGAAAUGAACAGCUGUUUCUUUGCAAUGGACAUUUUAGAGUUAAAGGGACACUCCAGACCCCUAAAGCACUUUAGCUUGCUGAAAAUAUUUAUGUGUAACAAAUGUAUCUGCUUUAUUUCAUUUUGAAAAAAAUUGCAGAUUUCAAUAGGAAUUGACGCUUUUCAACAUGACCUUGCUACACCCCCUGGGUGUCAAUCAGACAACUGGUCCUGUUACUUCCUGGUUUGGUUAGCUCAGCGGAACUAAAUUCAGGAGGCAGCAAUGGCUCAGAGCACCUGCCUUGCAAAGACUUCUCACUGAGCUGCAUUAGGAAGUCUGUGUUUGGACAGACACAGAAAUCUCGGCUGGGUUAGAUAGGGAGGACUUGCAAAAGGCAUUACUGCAACUUUUACAUAUUGUUUUAAGAUAUACCUCAAUGGAAAAAUGCAUAAGUAAAUGCAUGUAAGUUUUCAUUUGAGGUUUAUCUACAGAACAGUGAUUUUUAUUUGUUUUGUAUUUUAGCAGUGGAGUGUCCCUUUUACACGCCCCAGGAAAAAGUAAUUAGUCUUUACGUGUUCCAAUAGAUUUUUUUAUUUUAUUAUUUGUAAUUUUAAAAAAAAAAUUGACCUUCUAUUUCAUUAUAUUUUGGAUUUCAUUGUUGACAUACAUAUAUUUAUACAUUGUUGACAUAGAUACCUUGUGUGCCAGAGUCCUGACUAAAUGCAGAUUACUUGCUUUCAAUUUUCAGCCUUACUUUGACUGUGAAGAGGAAUAGCAAUUUCACAAUUACAGUGAAUGAGAAUCUGUCAUUCCUGAUUAUUCUUCACCGUGUCUGGAAGAAUCAUCCAAUUAAUGUAGAUUUCCUUGGACUUUAUGCUCCUUUUGAGAACAAGUUCUCCUCUUCAGUCCAUGGCUUAAUAGGUAUGUACCCUUUACAAGAUAUAGUAUGAUGGUUUUGUUUAGUAAGCAUUCAGUAAAUGAUUAAUGCAGUACCCCUCUGCAACAAAAAAUCUUUUGGUAACAUCUAUAACAUCAUUCCUACAGGAUUAUUAAUAUAGCAGUGAGGCAUAUGAAAUAACAGAUCCCCAAUUCUUCCCACUGCUUUUAAAGUGAUUUCCAAAACCACCACUCCUUGCUAGUGCAUCCCAUGCAGUAUACCAAAAUUCCAGAGCCAUAUCCUCGCUUGUCUCUCUUAGAAAGGAGGAGAGCAUGGAUCUGUGCAGUGGCGUACACACAACCCAUGGGGCCCAGGUGCGAAAACUGAUCCCCCCCGGCGCGCUUACUCUGUGCGGGCUGGGGCCGCAACACAUGGCGGCAGGCACCAGGUCGCAGGGGUCGCAGGGGUCGCAGGGCUGCGAUCCCUGCGACCAUGGUAUGUACGCCAGUGCAUGCAGAUGCACAUACACUUAAAGGACCACUACAGACACCCAGAUCACAUCAGCUCAAUGAAGUGGUCUGGGUGCCAGGUCCCUCUAGUUUUAACCCUGCAGCUGAAAACAUAGCAGUUUCAGGGAAACUGCUAUGUUUCACUGAGGGUUAAUCCAGCCUCUAGUGGCUGUCUCAUUGAAAAUCACAGUGAGAAGACGCUGGUUGUCCACGGGAAAGCAUUGCGUAAUGCUUUCCUAUGGGCAGUUUGAAUGCGCGCGCGGCUCUUGCCACGCAUGCCCACCACGCAUGCCUAUUCGGAGCUUAGAGGUGGAUCAGGGCGGAGAGAUCCCCAGCGCCAAGGGAGUCCGGCGCUGGAGAAAGGUAAGUGCUUAAGACACACACACACACUAGCUAACAGACACACACUCAGUGACAUACAUACACACUCACUAACAGACAUACACAAACUAACACAUUCAGUAACAGACGCACACAGUAACACACUCACUGACACACUCUAACACUAACACACACACUCGCGUUUUAAAAAAAAAAAUGUAAUCCCCCCCAGCCUCCUUACCUGUGGGAGUGCUGAGGGCAUUCCCUGGGGUCCAGUGGUGUCUGGGGCAGGCUGGCGGGUGCGCAAGGGAGCACUAUCCCUGGCUGAGUGCUUCCUCUUCAGCUCCCUUGCGCGUCGCGUACUGAUGCCGGAGCCGGAAGAUGACGUCAUCUUCCGGCUCCGGUAUCAGUGCGGUGCGCGAGGGAGCUGAAGAGGAAGCACUCAGCCAGGGAGAGUGCUCCCUCGCGCAACUGCCAGCCUGCCCGCCGAAUGACACCAGGGCCAGCCUCGGGGGCCCCCCAGGAGAAGAGGAUGGCCACAGUGGGUACAUACCGGGUCGCAGGGCGGCCGGGCCCGGUCGCAGCCGCGACCCCUGCAACCCCAGUAUGUACGCCACUGAAUCUGUGAACAAAUCUUGUUUAAUGUGGUCCUUCGUGGACAUUCUACAUACAACUAUAUCAUAUCCCAGCAUUCGGUCUGUAAUAUACAGAGAUAUGUGCCAAGGCAUGAGAACAUCUAAGCUCCAAUGUAAAAUCUAUUUGUUAGGUGCAAUGUCCUGUUCACCAUUGAUAUUAUAAAUUAUAUAUACAUAAAAUAUGAAACUGAAAUUCAUUGAUUCUCUCCCUUUUUUUUUUAUCCAGGCCAGUUUAUGCAUGAGCCAAUAACAACUGUCCAUGAUAUAAGGUCUGGGCAGGAUCCACAAAAGCCCAUUGCUACAAUGCAUGUUAAAGGAGAGACACUUACUGUGACAAGGUGAGUGACAAAUUUACUAAUUCACUUCUGAUUAUUUCUUCCAGUGUAACUGUGUGGUGAGAUUCAGAUGUGUUUAUUCACUAAAUCCUGUAUUGUAGUACACGAUUGAGGCAAAAAUUUUAACAUUUAGGACCAAAUAGCUGAUUUGGAAACAUGCUCCAACUCAGCUUUAGUUACAAACAAAUAUACAGAUUGGAAAAGCACUAGAGUGUCAACUGAUAUGAUAUGAUAGCAGGCAGCAAGCACUAAUAGUAAGGGUCACCCUCAACCCCUUACUGAAAGAUAUAGAGAAAACAACAUAUACAAAAUAUGAUGCAGAGCAUAUGGAACUAGGUGCAGGACAUACAACAAUAAUGUAUAUGGUAUAUCACUCACAUUUGAGAGAGCUAUAAGACCAGCUCUGAGUUUAGCAGCAUGCAGCAGUACAAUCCCCACUGAUGGAUAUGUAGAUCUGGGGGCUUGUCCCUCAAUGUGUAGUUUGAUAUAUAAAAGAUAAAAACGGCAAACAAUAGUGCUCACUGUAAACAGUAUAUUGAUGGUUGUAAGAGUAAGAAUAUUCUACUGACAUGUAGUGGAGCAGUAGAUGCAGCUCAGAUGGUAGCUUUAGCUUGUUUUAGCCUGAAUUUUGCCAUUUCGAUUUUAAUUCACUAAUGUUUAGCAUUGAGUGCAUAAAAAAGCAGAUCUGUUGCGUCUAUGUUUUUCAUUAAAGGAAAAAAAGCUGACCGUAGACUGCAUCAUAGACAUGUCAGUUGCAAAGUUCUUUAAAAAAAAUUGAGACCCUACAAGUCACAGGUCCCCUUUAUAUAUUGCCCAGAGCUUGAUUUUACACAAGUUCACUAUAAAUUUAUUUUGUCUUGCUAUGCACAAACAAGCUUUUAAAUAUAUAUAUAUAUAUAUAUAUAUGUAUCAUUACAUAUUAUGUGAUUCAGUGCCAUAUAUAGGAAUAAAAGGUUUUGUUACAUACACAUUGCUAAAGUACCUGGACUCUGAGGUCCUCAUAUUGUUGUGAAGCUGGCUUUGCCAAGAGAAAAGCCCAGCAACAGUCAAGACAUUAUCUGGGUGUAUGGGCUGAAUGGAAAAGCCUAGCCGGAGGACAGAUGGCGGUAGAAGUUGGGACUCUCCAUUAAUGGAUGAUGCAUGAAGCCUAUCUACAGUUAGGCUGUUUUAUUGUUGAACUCACUGUUCACAAUGUUCCUUAUGCCCAAGCUGUUUUUUCUAACUGUAUGAGUACCUUGCUCACCUGUGCUAAUUCUAACUGACCACCCAGUGGUUUUUAUCUCCUGCACCUUUCACUAAUUCUAUGGUACCUUAUAGCAUCUCACAUAUCUAUGUAUAAACUAAUAGAACUACAUUCUGUUUUGUUUUCUUUAUGUUGUGAAAAGUGCAAUACCAUCUAUACUUCCUCUAUUAUUCACUUUUCUAAACUAACAUCAAAUACUCUUGUGAAAUGUUCUUGCAAAAAAAAAAAUUAUGUUUAUGGCUUGUACGACUUGCUCAGAAAAGAAGAAAAGGUUUAACUACCUACCUAUCCAUACCUCAAAAAAAAAAAAAAAAUGAUAUGACCAAGCUUCAAGAGGCAAUUAGUCCUGGCAUAACUUCUGUGCCUACUAAUUUUACCAACAUUAAAAUCAAGGUUUAAAAAAUAGAAAAAUUUUCCUGCUCUUUAUAUAUCUGAUCACUAGGCUAUAUAGAAUUAUGUUAAAAAAAAAAAAAAACACAAAAAAAACCAAAACACAGCAAUAUACAUGCCGUACACCAAUUACAACUGUUAGUAAUCUGAGCUUUUUUUAUUGCAUUUUGCAGAGGGGUGCAGAAGGAGUAUCAGACAAAUGGUGGGGAAGCAAAUGAUGUCCCCUGUUGGUUUGUGCACAAUAACGGAAAGGGUUUCAUUGAUGGACAUUACAAGGACUACAUUGUAUCCAGUCUGUACAGCUUUCUCAAACGCCCUUGAAAGGCAUUACCCACAGCCAGAUCUUUUAUCAAAUGGAAGGAGGAUAACAAGUCAUCUAUUUUAUUGUAGUACAUUAUUUUGAAAGAGCAAAUAUUUUCCAGUAUUGUAGGAAUCCUUGUUAGGGAAGCAUGUUACUCAUUAACCAAUAUUCCAAAGUGGAGCAUCCAUAUUUCAAAUUGAAAUGACAAAUCACUUUUGGCUUUCAUGUCUAAGUGGAAUUUACAACCAAACAAGGGUCUGGGAACAAGUGGUUCAUCAAAGCCAAUUUACUGUAUUCACCUGUAAUUAAUAUUAAUAAACUUACAAUGAUGUUUACCAUAAUAAUAAGCCAUGUGUCCUUUUACUUUUCUUUUUUACAUUUAUUUUAGUAUUUUAUCAUUUUAAUUUUAGAACCCAAUCUAAUAUGCUAUGCAUGAUAACAAGUGAACAAAAUUCUAAUUUUGACAAAACCGUUGAUACAAAAUCUGUAGUAAUGGUUGGAUCAAUCUCAGCAAACUACAUGUGAUGUUUCAAGCAUUGUGUAAAAGAAAAUAAAUUAUAUAAGUGUACCGUUUUGACAGCAUCUUAUUUUCUAGCUCCUCCUCUUUUGCCUAUCUCUUUCAG